AGAAGAAGAAGGCCGGAAAUGGCGUCCAGAAUUUUGUCUCAGACCGCGGAAGUAAAUAGCUGAACCGAAUGCUAGCGCAAACAGGAAAAGCAGAGUUGUUAUUCAAAUGAUUUAACGUAUUGGUGUAAUAUUUGUUACGAUACAUACACAUUCAGGGUGGAUAAACCACAAUGUUGCACACUUUAAAGCAAGCCGCACCUAGUUAAGAGAAGAUAAAGACAUACAUGCUUACUACAAUGCAAGAAACUGGAAUAAAUCUUCGCAUCUAGAUUCAAUUCAAAACAAGUCCUUACAUUCAGCUUUGAGUUGCAUGAAAGAUGUCGUUUCCUCUUCCCAAACCUCAGGCCCCUCAGCUUCCUCAGCAUCUCUUACGUACCAUUGACUGUAAACAAGGACCUGUCAGAGCUGUGCGCUUCAAUGCUGAUGGACAGUACCUGUUGUCCUGCGGCGCCGACAAAUCUCUCAAACUGUGGAGCGGCAACCGAGGGACGCUGCUGAAGACCUACAGCGGCCAUGGCUACGAGGUCCUGGACGCUGAUGGGUCCUUUGACAACAGUCAGAUUUGCUCCUGCAGCUCGGACAAGACGGUUAUCCUCUGGGACGUCGCCACCGGCCAGGUGGCCAGAAAACUCAGGGGUCACGCCGGGAAAGUCAACUGCGUACAGUUCAACGAGGAGGCGACAGUCAUCCUGUCUGGUUCCAUAGAUGGGACAGUGCGCUGCUGGGACACCAGGUCUCGCAAGCUUGAGCCCAUCCAGGUUUUGGAUGAUGCCAGAGACAGUGUCAGCAGCCUGAAAGUGGCCAAACACGAGCUGCUCACUGGGUCGGUGGACGGUCGAGUGAGACGCUACGACCUCAGAAUGGGACAGCUUCACGUGGACUUCAUCAGCAGUCCCAUCACGUGCGUGUGCUUCAGUCAGGAUGGACAGUGCACGCUCAGCUCCAGUCUGGACUCCACAGUGAGACUGCUAGACAAGAGCACUGGAGAAAUGCUGGGCGAGUACACGGGACACCAGAUGAAGGGAUACAAACUGGAAUGCUGCCUGUCUUCCAAAGACACUCACGUCCUGAGCUGCUCCGAGGACGGACACGUGUACUGCUGGGACUUGGUGGAGGGCUCUUUGUCCUUGAAGCUGCCUGUGGGCAAGGCCGUGGUCCAGUCCAUGUCCUUCCACCCCAAGGAGACCCGCCUCCUUACCGCCACAGAGGGGCGUGUCCAAGUGUGGGCGGCUGAGCCUGAAGAGGCAGAGGAUGCUGGCAUGGCAACUUAAUUUGUCGCAUAGACAGAACUAUGAUUUGUGGGCUGUUUUGGGUGUGUACAUAUAUUUUUGUAAACCACAUCGUGACAAUAGAAAAACAAAAAGUGUAGACAGAAGAUAUUUCAUUUGUAGUUUUGAAUGUAUUUGAUUUGCUCACUUUUUGCAAAUUUGUUAUGGCCAAUUAUGCAAAUUUGAUGACAUCAAUCCUCCCAACCCUUCACAGCCACAAAUAGAUUGUGGUGCUGUAGCAAGCACUGAACAUGAUGAAACUAAAGGAUAAGUACUUUUUGUGUCUUCAAGCUACACUUUCAUGUCCUUUCAAUUAAAACGUUAAAUUGUU